AGCCUCGAGUUGUGUUUCUCCGAACGUUAUUCUAUUUUGUUUGUUUUUUUCUGAUUCCUGCCUACUCUUUUCGUUUUGUACAUUGCAACAAAAGUUUCCAUCUUCUUUUGCUCGAAAAAGAAACGAAUUUGUGUUUGUGCUUUGUGUGUGUUGGAUUCUGCUAGUGUGGGCCACGAUGUGUUCUUGAAAUAUCGACAAAACGUCACAGUGUGCACACACACACGAGGAUUUGUCUCUUGUUUCGCUCACGAAUUUGUGUGUAGCCAUCGCGAGUUGAUUGGCAGUGAAGGAAAGAGAAUUUACCAAUGGCGACCCUUCAUUCCGGCUCGACGGGUGGCGGCGUCGCUUCCGGCGCCGCUGGGGGACGAACAUCUGUCGGCCGGACGCCGAUCAGCGCCUCACUGCCCAGCCUGUUUGCCCGCACGUUGCCGACACAAUCGAACCGACGGCCGACCAGCCGCGAUCGUCGAGGACGUCUGGUGUCGACGGAAUGCCAAACGGAAAUGGAGGAUUCCGUUUCUGUUCAGCAAAACGUGCGCGUUGAAAACGCUCGCAACGAAACGACAACGGGCAUCUUAUUGGAUCCGAGUGGCCGUCGGAGUAGGCCCGUCUCGCAGUUGAGUGAGAGUGGAUUGAGUGGUGUGGAAGAGGCCGUCACCGAGUUGGAACGUGUCGGUCCGCCUCGGCGAAGGCGUCGUGAGAAACGUCGUCACCGACGGUCGCAAGUGCCGGCCCAGCCACUCCAGCAGCAUGUCCAGCAAGCGCUCCAAGAUCAGACGGAAUUGUCUGCCGAUUCCUUGGCCGCUCCCGUCUCGCCCAGCAAUUCGGACCACCUUCCAGACAUCCUCAAUGCUCACAUGCCACCGCCGUAUUCGACGUUGCCGCACAAUAGCGAACGCUGCAUGGGCAUGGGACCGAUCCCUAUAACGGCCCUGCCCGUACCACUGUCCGUCGUUCCCAUGGCCAUCGGGCCGACGGCCGCCAACAGUGGCUUACUGGUUCCUCCUUCAUCCACCACAACUCCGGCCGUAGUAGUGCCCGCUGGCGGAGGCACUACGUCUCUUCUGGCAGCCAGCAAUAGUUUCACCUUGCCGCCAGCCGGUGGUCGACGAUCGCGCGGAUCGAUGUACGCUGGAGAAGAGAGCGGUAAAUCGUGUUGCGGAGUGAUGGUGACGCAAACGGUUUCGAUUCGCUGGUUCAUCGUCAUGAUCGCUUUCGUCGGCAUCUGUUGUGCUGUUGUCGGUACAGUCCUCGGUGCCAUGAGGUCUUCCGGACGGGAACACCUUACCGUCUCCCUUCUUAUGAUUGGUGUGGGGAUUGUGUUGAUCACGGUCAGCACGAUAGCGUGGAGGCUGACGUCGCAAGACGCCCCGUCGUGUCGCGCCAUGCUGGGCCUGGGCGGAUCGUCGAUGACGGGAGCUGGAGGAUUGCCCGUGGCGGAGAACGGCGAAUGCGGAGGAGGUGGAUUAACCGGCGGUGGCGGCGGGGUGGCCGAGCCCAGCGGGCGUCGUUUUCUCUCUCGGAUUCCGCCGACUUACGGACGGCCUCAUCAUCCUUACGCCGCCAUGAUGUACCCAGAGUUCCAGUACAGGCCUCCGCCGCCUUCCUACCAGGCUUCCAUGCAAGAGUACCGACUUAGGCUCUUGCUCCUGGAUCGAGAUAGGCACCAACAACAAAUGCAACAGCAACAACAACAGCAACAGCAGCAGCACAGUACGCCUCUUAGUCGAGCGUGCGUCGCCGCCAGCAAUGUCCCCGUACCUCCGGUUUCGCCACCGCCAACUUACCGGUCGCAAGCCAAUACUCUUGUCAGGCCGUCAUUGCCGAUUAGGGAGAGCGAAAUUAGUCGGCCGCCAAGUUAUCGAUCGCGGAGUAGUGCCUCAACGGCUCUGGAAGCCCGCAGCGAAUCUCAGCCGCCACCGCCGCAACAGCAACGUGCGGAAGAGCCAACGCCGUCCACGGAGGCAUUAAUUCAUCAUCAAGCCAUGGUCGAAGCUAAAAUCAAAAGUGCUCCGUUCGAUGAAGGGCUUCAUUCGCAAACGAGCAAACGAGACAAGGAUAAUAACACAGUCACGAUCGUGCAGACCAAUUCGUCCAGUCAGGUGCUCGGAUGCCACAACAGCCAGACGUCGCCCGUUUUGGUCACAGUCACCACGUCUCCCACUGUUCAUCAUCCGCCGUCUUCCUCACCAACCAACUCACAGAAUCUCCAGGUUUUGGCGCAAUUAUGACAUCGUUCGUAAUUUUGUUUAUUUUUUUUUAUUUUAUUUUUUUCGUUUCUUCCUAAGAGAAUGUUCUGUAUGAAAUGUCCAUUCAUAACAACAUUCAAUUUUUUUUUUUAAUCAUCUUCGGAUUGCGCGUACCUUCCGGGGAACAUUUGGCAGAGUCUCUUUCUUUUUUCUUUUUUUUUUUUAAGGAAAAAAAAAAGAAAAGUCAUUGGAACUCGUUGCAGCCGUUCCAAAAACAGCUCGGCAAAGACCAUAAAUCAUUUUGUUGACAAGUUCCUACGCGUCUCGUAUAUACAUUAUACAUAUUCUUCCAAUCGGAUCGAUUCGCUAUCCGAGACACUCAGAAUUUUUUGUUUUUUCAUCUCUUUUUGCGCUAAAAACAAGUUUCAAAUUUCGCGGGGGAACAUUUGUUUAUUCUUCUAUGUGCAUGCUAAUGAAUGAUUUGAGAUUUUUGUUUUUCUUUAAAAAAAAAAAACAAGGCUGAAAUGGAUUGCCUCAGGGAACGCAGGAUUUUUAACGCCUGUUUGCUUUUACGCCCGUCACCAUCACAACAACACAAACAUUUUUGAUUUAAAAUUUAAAUCAAAAUCUGCAAAUUUUUAGAAUAUUUUUCCAUAAAAAAACUAAGCUUGCGGUUUUCUUUUUUUUUUUUGUAUUUCGCGGGGGAAAAAAAUUAUGUCCGUGGCUUAUACGUGGCAGCGUUGUAUUCAUUCGUCUGCUUUUUCAAAAUUGUUUUUCCCUCUACCGAACCAAUGACGUGUACAUUAGGGCUCUUCCUUUUUUGGGUAUCUUAAAUAAUUGGUUAAAAACAAAAAGAAAAACGAUUCGCCAUUUUUUUCUUUUUCAAAUGCUUUUGUAUAAAAAAAAAUAGAUGUUUCUCCAUCGUUCAAAAAACUCUUCCAAGUCAACAAACUAUCUUUUUUCCCAUUUUUUUUUCUUAAAUAAUGAACUUCCUUGUGUGGUCUGUGUGCAAGAAAAAAAAAUACAACGUCG